CUCUCUUAACAGACGUUGACACUCGAGUGCCCAGGCGCCUGUACGGCACCUGAUGUUUUAACUACCCAGUUGCCAGAUCUUAACGGGAGAAAGCGCGGCUUCUCGAUUUGAAUCCAAUCCAAGGCCGUGGAGGACUGUCUGAAGCAAGAUGUCUGAGAAAUGUGAUGAAUAGAAACUGAUAGCCAUUUCCAUUGCGAGCCUGGUGGCAAGAGCAGCCGCCAUUCAUGCUGCUUAAUCUUGAGCAUCGAGCUGGCCUCCCGGAGAUCCGGGUCCGGUCCCGACGUCAUUGGACCAGAGUGGAGACCAGCCCGCAUAGGAUGUUCGCAUGCGGCUACAAAAUAUUCGUCUCAUUGAUAACACAUCGUGGGAUCAUUCAUCCCCAAUCAGCCUCAACGAACAUGUCACUUACCAUGAGCAUUCAAUGGCAGCGCGCGCGAUGUCGGCUCAAGCUUCGCCUGCGAGUGGGGUCUCCAGCAGCGGGAACCACCUUGAUGGUCCCUUUCACCACAAAGAAUCCUGAGAAUAUUAUCUCAGGAAUUGAAGGCAGGCCGACGAAUUUGCGGAUUCAUUCAAUUUAUGUCUCUAUCGCUUCACCUUCAUACAUCAUUCCGCCAGAUUGCAGAACUACUCAAAAUGACCUCAAUGGGUCAGUUAUCCCAUCACAUUUGGCGCUGCUGAACACAUUCAUCUUCAUCUCCUCGCCGUCGAUCCCAGAAAUCUUCCAUGGAGUAAGCAACUUAUCCGGGAAGGCAGUCCCGUUCCUUUUGACGUGAUAUGCGACAGCGGGGUACAUCAGUUUUGUUAGCCAUCAAGGUUGUGACGUCCAUUUGUCAAUUCGUUGCGACUGCCAUCAAGGUGCACACAAUUCACAUGAGCCCGAUUGAACGAACGCCUGUCUUGUCGAGU